CAGUCUUGUUUUAGCUAUUGAAUUUUAUACACGCGUGUUGCCAUUCUUCUUGAGCAUAGCACGGUCUAUCAUUGCGCAUAUAUUAAUCAACAUUUGAAAUAUAUAACUAUUGUGUCUUAAGUAGGGUGCAAUUGGACAUUUUUUUCAAUUCUUUGUAGUGAUUUUGUGCUUCAUUUUUCAUCCGAAUUUUUUUUUUUUGCAAACUAAACACAUUAUUUGAGGUAUACAUCGAAUUGGAGAAGUAAAGAAAUGAAAUCGACGCGAAGUGCUCGUUUAAUCAGCGAUGUGAUUGCAAAACGUACGACGACAACAACAACAGCCACAGCAAAAGCAGCCACCGCUCAACAGUUGAAUUAUUAUGAAUCACAGUGUCCGCAUGCGGUUGUUCAAAAUGAAAAUAUCUUACCGAACUCAACAUCAGUAACAACAACGUCAACCAUUUCUAAUCCGACGCCACCAUUUACUCAUGAAACUGUUCGCCCUUACAGCGAAGUACCUGGUCCAAAACCAUUACCGAUUUUAGGCAACACAUGGAGAUUGAUGCCGAUUAUUGGUCAAUUUCAAAUAUCGGACAUCGCACGAGUUUCAUACAUUUUACAUGAAAGAUGGGGCCGCAUCGUUCGCUUGGGCGGCUUACUUGGACGACCCGAUUUAUUGUUUGUAUACGAUGCCGAUGAAAUCGAAAAGUGUUAUCGAAAUGAGGGAGUUACCCCGUUCAGACCAUCGAUGCCGUGCUUGGUUCGAUAUAAAUCAAUUGUUCGAAAUGAUUUCUUUGGCGAUUUACCCGGAGUGGUUGGUGUGCAUGGUGAACCAUGGCGUGAGUUUCGAUCUCGCGUUCAAAAACCAGUUCUACAAUUAACAACAGUUAGACGUUAUGUACGACCGUUGGAAGAGGUUACCGACUAUUUCAUCGAUCGAUGUCAACAAAUGUUGGACGAAAAUCAAGAAUUGCCUGACGAUUUCGAUAAUGAAAUUCACAAAUGGUCUUUGGAGUGUAUUGGACGAGUUGCACUCGAUACACGUUUGGGUUGCUUGGAACCUAAUCUCGAUCCAAAAUCAGAACCUCAACAGAUUAUUAAUGCGGCAAAAUAUGCGCUACGAAAUGUCGCUACGCUCGAGCUGAAAUUCCCAUUCUGGAGAUACUUUCCGACACCAUUAUGGUCAAAAUAUGUAAAUAAUAUGAAUUAUUUUGUGGAAAUUUGCAUGAAAUAUAUUCAAGCAGCCACGGUAAAAAUGAAGUCAAGAACAGAAGCCGAAAGAGUCGCUCUCGGCGAACCAUCAUUAUUGGAGAAGGUUAUUUUAAGCGAAAAGAACGAGAAAAUCGCCUGUAUCAUGGCAUUGGAUUUGAUUCUGGUCGGAAUCGAUACGAUUUCGAUGGCAGUUUGUUCAAUUCUUUAUCAAUUGGCCACACGACAAGCUGAACAAGAAAAAGUAUACGAAGAACUAUGCAGAGUGAUUCCCGAUCCAAAUACACCAUUAACAUAUCAAACACUCGAACAAUGUCACUAUCUCAAAGCGUUCAUUAAAGAAGUAUUCAGAGUGUACAGUACGGUCAUCGGAAAUGGUCGAACAUUGCAAGAGGACACUGUUAUUUGUGGUUAUAAUAUUCCAAAAGGAAUUCAAGUUGUAUUUCCAACAAUUGUGACCGGAACCAUGGAAAAGUAUUGCAAAAAUGCCGAUAAUUUUCGGCCAGAACGAUGGCUGAAAACAAGUCAAGGCGGUUCGGGUGAAUAUAUUCAUCCAUUUGCAUCACUGCCAUACGGUUACGGAGCAAGAAUGUGUCUGGGACGUCGUUUUGCCGACUUGGAAAUGCAAAUCUUAUUAGCCAAGUUAUUACGUACACAUAAAUUGGAAUAUAAUUAUAAACCGCUUGACUAUGCGGUGACAUUUAUGUAUGCGCCCGAUGGAAAGUUGAAAUUCAAAAUGACCAAACGAGAUAAAUGAAAUUGAAUAGCUUUAUCAAUUGUUAGAUUAGAAAAAUGUAAGGCUUUAACAAAUACUUUUUCAUUUGAUAUGGUGUACUUUACUAACUGAUGUUAUGAUGAGCAUUAAAGAACAAUUUACCUUGA